CGUCAUUCAUACACCAUGGAAAACAACCGGAAGCAACAAGUAGCCAACUCGCAAAUCGCGACACAAUGCGGUGGUGAACUGCAAUUUGACGUGGACGUCAACACAGCAAUGGCGGAUGCAGUGGAGGAAGUUCUUGAAGGCAGCUGGGACCAAGAUCUGGCCGAGGCUCUGGACUCUGGGGGGUCUGACCCGGAGCUGGAAAUGGACAUGGAGGAGGAGCUUGGGCUGGGUGUAGAUGUGGAGGAAGGUGGAGGUAUUGUCAGGGUACAGGAGCUACCAGUCCAGCAGAGAGCCAAGCUGUGGAAGAUUGCUCUGAACGUGGCCGGAAAGGGAGACAGCCUGUCCUCUUGGGAUGGAGUCCUGGAUCUUCCUGAACAGAUCCUGAUACACACCCGCAGCCAGCAGCUCCUUGAUCAGCUGGGGGGUGUGGCUGAGGAGGAGGGGCGGGACAUGGUGUCUGACGUGGAAUCUGUCGUCACCUUCUACUGUAAGUCCCGAAAUAUCACCUUCACCCCUGACCUUUCCUGGCCACACCUCCUCAAACCACUGCUGGGCCUACAGCUGCCCCGCUCUGACCUGUACAACUGCUUCUACGCUGUCAUGAAUAAAUACAUCCCACGGGACUGUGUGGUGAAAGGUCGGCCGUUCCACCUGUUUCGUCUGCUGCUUCAGUACCAUGAACCAGAACUCUGCUCUUUUCUCGACACCAAGAAGAUCACCCCAGACUCCUACUCUAUCCACUGGCUUGGCAGCCUGUUCUCCAGCCACUGUCUGCCAGAGGUGACCCAGGCCAUGUGGGACUUCUACCUCCAACAAGCUGACCCCUUCCUCAUCUUCUUCCUCAUGCUCAUCAUCCUUGUCAAUGCCAAAGAGAACAUUCUCCAACAGGAAGGGGGAUGCAGAGAAGAUAUCAUCAAGUUGUUAGAGGAGUCUCCUGCCCUGCUAGAGUCUGAGGACAUUGAGGACCUGUUCUCCUUGGCCCAGUAUUAUUGGAGUAAGACUCCUCUGUCUCUCAGAAAGGAAAACCAGAACCUGUUUGGGUCCAGUCUGGUGGCUCUGAAAGAGGAGGACAUGGACCUGAGCCAGGCUCUCUGUCUCCCUGUCUCUGUCCCUGAGAUCCUACAGGCCAACCAGCUUCAGCCUGAAGGGGUACGUUUCUUUGUGGUUGACUGUCGGCCGGCCGAACAGUACAACGCUGGACACCUUUCCACAGCCUUCCACCUGGACUCAGACCUGAUGCUCCAUAACCCAUCAGAGUUCAGCCUGUCCGUGAAGAGCCUCCUGGAGGCCCAGAAGCAGUCCCUGGAGUCUGGCUCCAUCGCUAGUGGAGAACACCUCUGCUUCAUGGGCUCUGGCAGAGAAGAGGAGGACAUGUACAUGAACAUGGUUCUGGCCCACUUCCUGCAGAAAAACAAAGAGUAUGUCAGCAUAGCUAAAGGAGGUUUUAUGGCACUGCAGCAGCACCUGGCUGACAUCAACGUGGAGGGGCAGGACAACUACGUCCACUGGAUAGUGAGCACCUCUGGGUCACAUAGCAGCCUGAACUCCGCAGACGGAGAUUUGUUGAGCUCUGCAGGGGAUAAGGGGGUAAAAUCUCUGGUCAACAAGAUGACCUUUGCCCUCAAGUCUAAGUCAGUCAUAGCGAAGGAGAAGAUGAUCAGUUUCAUUGAGAACACUUCCACACCUGUGGACAGAAUCUCUAAUAGUCUGCCCUGGCCAGAGAAGGGGGUCCUUGACCGCAGACACGUGAGCAGUAGUGACCGGGUUGGGAAACCCUACAGAGGAGUGAAGCCGGUCUUCAGCAUUGGUGAUGAGGAAGAGUAUGAUACAGAUGAGAUUGACAGCUCAUCCAUGUCAGAUGAUGACAGGAAGGAGGUUGUUAACAUCCAAACAUGGAUUAACAAGCCAGAUGUAAAGCACCAUGUUCCCUGUAAUGAGGUCAAGGAGACAGGACACAUGUUCCCCAGUCACCUGCUCAUCACUGGCACUCACAUGUACUGUCUGAGAGAGAUUGCAUCCAGGAAAGGCUUGGCCUACAUUCAGUCCAGACAAGCCCUGAACAGCGUGGUCAAGAUAACGUCUAAGAAGAAACACCCAGAACUCAUCACCUUUAAGUUUGGCAACAGCAACACAGCAGGAGUGGAGAUCUCUGCUGUGGAGAGGUAUCUGAUUCCAAAUGCAGGCGACGCAACUAAGGCCAUCAAACAACAGAUCAUGAAGGUUCUGGAUGCUCUGGAGAGCUCUUAGAUAAAGAGCACCACCAGCAGGCCAGGAGGAGAACUGCAGGAUGCAAGGAGUGUCAACUAUGGCCCGGGUGCUCCCACCCCUCCCUCUACCCCUCCCUCCCUCUCUAUAUAUCUUUAUCUUUCCAUCCUUCCCUUUCUCUUUGUCCUCCUCGUUCUUCUCUUCUCUGGAUCCUGUGUUGACUCCCUGUUAACCCCUGUGUCUGUCUGUGUCGGAGUCCUCUCCUCUAGUAGCCCUGACAGACUCACUGCCUGUGGUCCGAAAUGGAAACAUGUUUUCUAUGAAGAGCUUUAUUGGGCCUAGACAAAAGUAGUACACUAUAAUGAGAAUAGCGUUGCAUUUGGGACCCGUAUGCCUGGAAAUUCCUCUCAACCCACCUGCUGGUUCUCCUCAUACUAGCCAACAUUAAGGGUUACUGCAGAACCAUUUUUCUUUGUUUUAAAAAGAUAAAUUAUUUACUCUAGUAAUUCUCCUUCUAGCCUUACAGGAGCCUGUUGAUCUUUUACCGUUAAACUACAUUAGUAAGUAUAAUGAGAGGAGAUCUGGUGGGGCUGAGGACACCGAGGCUGACAGAUUGUACGUGGUCUCGUGUCAUUUAAAGAUCCCAUCAUUGUUGAUCCAAGAGACGGCACAAGUGACGCAGCGUUGUGAAUCUACCCAACCUGACAUACUGAGAACUACUUCACAAGUAUUUGCCACCAGUAUUGUUGUUCAGAGUAAUGGCCUUAAACAUCUUAAAUGAGAGCAUUCAUUGGCCCGGGACCAGUAGCAGUGCAACCAAUGGUGUGCAUUGGCUGGGUUAAGUCAUUCAACCUAUCGUUAUUUUUGUUAUUUUUUUGGUGCACGUAAGACACACUGCAAUCGCAGUGGAAGUCCUCAGUUAUGACACUGAAGUGUACGUUCAUCUAGUCCGGCAUCACUGUUCAUUUAGUGACAUGCUUUGAUGUUAUCUGACAACUGUUUGAUGUUAUCUGACAUCUGUUUUUGAUACUUUGUCAUUGAAAAUGUUUUCUUUCUGCUCACAGCCUUAACUAGGAAUGAGGAUGUUUAUAAAUAUUUAAUGUAUAUAUUUUGCUGUAAACUGACCUGAUUCAUCUCAACAUAUAUGGCUGGGGUCCUGGACACAAAUUAGCAUUUUAGUCCAGGGCAAAACUUAAUACAAUUAAUUCACCUUUGGCAUUUUCAUUUGUAGUCCAGGAUUUACUUUGAGUUCUGGAAAGCCCCUUCUAUGACUUCCAGAUGUUGUGGACAGAGGGAUUUAACCUGUUGAAAGACCUAUUGAUCUGUUUCCUAAAAUACUUUACUCAGACUUAUUUUUCUUUACUAAACUGUAAAACGUUUCUAAAGUGUUUUGGAAAGACACUCUUUCCUCUGCUUUUGUGUUCAUUCCAUAGAGAGUGUUAGAGGACUUCCCUGGGAGAUGAGCAUUCAACAUGUUUUUUAAGUCAAGUAGAGGGACUUCCAGUUGAACUUUGACCCCUCCUGGUGGCCUUGUUGGACAUAAGAUCAAAACUCCAGCCGUCACCAGGAGGGAUCAACCGAUGAAUUAUACUCAGCCAUUUGAUUGACUACUCUAACAUGAGGAUCACUUCAUUGGUGGUACCAUGUCUUUUCAUGCCUAUGGUCAAUUCUGAAAAACACUAGGCUAAUCAAAUAAAGACUGCUGUGAUAUAUACAGUAUUUUGUGGUAAUGAGGAAAGACACAAGACAAACCUCACUCAAGGGGAGGCCCUUCAUGGAAUUUCAAAAACAGAAACUCUUGAAGUUGUGGCAAACAGCUUUCAGUUGUGCAUAUUUUUUGCCUCAGUUUGUGCACACCAAUACAGCCCUGGAUUGGUCCAUGAUUCUGGGAGAUACAUUGAGAUGUUGUCAUAAUGGAAUCUUCAGGAUCAUCCACAUCAGAAACAUUAAAACUGUGCUAUCCCUGGA